AGAGCGCGCCUGGGGGAAGCUGGCCCAGCGGGACGGAGUCAGGGCUGUCGGCGGAGCACCAGGGAGCCGGAGGGUCCGGCCAGAGGGCGCCCCCUCCCAUCAAGCUUAGCCGCCGGCCUGCUACGCAUGCGCAGCCGCUGCAGUAGGCUCUCCUCUCCGGCCGUUCCGCGGCCCUGCGCAUGCGCGGCCCGCCCCUGCGGCAGAGCGGCGCCCCGGGCGUGACUGCCCCCUGCCGGCUGCGGGUGGGGGGGCGUCCCGGCCGGGUCCGUGGAGCGGGGAACGGAACACGCGCCUUGGAGUUCGGAGCUGUCCGCAGAAGUCGCGUCCUGUGCAGGCCCGUGCCUUCUUUCACACCAUGAACACGUCCCCCGGCACGGUGGGCAGUGACCCGGUGAUCUUGGCCACUGCAGGCUACGACCACACAGUGCGGUUCUGGCAGGCGCACAGUGGGAUCUGCACCCGCACGGUGCAGCAUCAGGACUCUCAGGUGAACGCACUGGAGAUCACGCCUGACCGCAGCAUGAUCGCUGCUGCAGGUUACCAGCACAUUCGCAUGUAUGAUCUCAGCUCCAACAACCCCAACCCCAUCAUCAGCUAUGACGGGGUCAACAAGAACAUUGCGUCCGUGGGCUUCCAUGAGGACGGCCGCUGGAUGUACACGGGUGGGGAGGACUGCACGGCCCGGAUCUGGGACCUCAGGUCCCGGAACCUGCAGUGUCAGCGCAUCUUCCAGGUGAAUGCACCCAUUAAUUGUGUGUGCCUGCACCCCAACCAGGCGGAGCUCAUUGUGGGUGACCAGAGCGGCGCCAUCCACAUCUGGGACUUGAAAACUGACCACAACGAGCAGCUGAUACCUGAGCCUGAGGUCUCCAUCACGUCGGCCCACAUUGACCCCGAUGCCAGCUACAUGGCAGCCGUCAACAGCACCGGGAAUUGCUACGUCUGGAACCUGACGGGGGGCAUUGGUGACGAGGUGACACAGCUUAUCCCCAAGACCAAGAUCCCAGCGCACACCCGCUACGCCUUGCAGUGCCGCUUCAGCCCCGACUCUACGCUUCUCGCCACCUGCUCGGCUGACCAGACGUGCAAGAUUUGGAGGACAUCCAACUUCUCCCUGAUGACAGAGCUCAGCAUCAAGAGCAGCAACCCGGGAGAGUCCUCCCGCGGCUGGAUGUGGGGCUGUGCCUUCUCGGGAGACUCGCAGUACAUCGUCACCGCUUCCUCUGACAACCUGGCCCGGCUGUGGUGUGUGGAGACGGGAGAGAUCAAGAGAGAGUAUGGCGGCCACCAGAAAGCUGUCGUCUGCUUGGCCUUCAACGACAGCGUGCUGGGCUAGCCCGUGCCCCCCUGGGAUUUCAGGUGGCUGUCCAAGGAGCACCUGCGGACUAGGUCUGCCCAGCUGCCCAGGUCAGAGUGAACCUCCAUGGGCUAGCCUCUACUAGCCUGGCCAGCUGGAACUGCCUGGCCUACCCUGGCUCCCUCGGCCGGCUUAGACUGGCCAGGCUAGUAUGCCCUGGGAUUCUCUCAGCUCCCAGUUGCUUAUGUGGAUGUGACGAGGCUCAGAAGCCUACUUGAGCUAACCUUCACUUGUUCCAGAAAUUCUAGAUCCACAGGGCCUGGAGGUCCCAGGCUGGUGCCCAACCCCAAGCCAGUGCUCCCCUGCCCCACUCUGCCCAUUUUAUGUCCCGAGGUCACAGAGAACACCAUUACGGCCAGGUGGAGGGUUUAUUAGCUCCUGCCGGCAGCCACCCUCUGUGACUGGUGACGGGGCUGGCCUGGGGGACUGGCCAGGCCUUGAACUUAGUCUGGGAGGUAAUAAAAGCAGACCGACACGCAGAUGUUGCUGGGGAAGCAGAUGUCGAUGCAUAGGUAGAUCAGCCGCUGCCUCCGGGGCCCUGGGGGAAGGGGCCUCCAUGAACCCCAGAGGGCUCCUCCCCCUUCUCCCCAGACUGUUCUGCAGGAGCCCAGGCCUCAUGAUACCACCCCGACUUACCCUGUGCUCGACGGGCCCAGUAAAUGGGUGUGUUCGUGCAGAGGUGCCGCACGGAAUCCCCCACCUGGGCAGGGUCCACCUCACGGCCCCCCUGCACUACCAGCAGCUCCUGGGCAGAGUGGGUGUCCUGGCUGGGGCCGGGAGGCCCUUGACCCUGCACAGAAGGCUCUGGUGGGCCACGGCACAGGGGCACUGGCACUGUCCGGAUUGGGGCAGGGCCUGUGCAUCCCUGGACGUCUGGCCCACUGCCAGCACCACCCUCUACUCUUGUCAGCAGCCUCGGUCAAGGGAAGACAGGCCUUCUGUUCCUUGAAACCAGAGCUGCAGCCCGCCCCAGGCCUGGGCCGUACACAGGACCCUUUGUCUGUCCCCUGGCCUGGGGAGCCUGGCCGCAUGGGGCUGCUUACCCUGGACAUGUUCACCAGCAGCUGCAGGGUCUCGCGAUCUCGGGGCUCCAUCGGGCGGAGGAAGCAGGCCGGGUGUUCCAAGGGCCGGUAACAGACGCAGCCCUGGGGAGGCAGGCAGGUGAGGCAGGGCCACACCAACAUCCUCGGAUGCUGGCCACACCCCCAGCCCACUCACACUCUGCCCAUCGAACAGCACUGCCCAGCUGCGGUUGCUCUGAGCCGAGGUCACCCAGAUGGUUGCCACGUUCCUGGCCGCAUCCACCUGAGCAGUUUGGUUGGAUCGGGGUGCCCCGGGGCUUGGGAAGGUCAGACGGAGCAUCUGCAGCAGAGGCUGAGAUC